AUGGCCACCGUUGUCCCUGUCACCGUCAAUUAUGAAAUCAACCAGCCCUCUGAGGGCCAAUAUGAAGUCAAUCAAGUUGCCCCAGAGGAGCCUGCGCAGCUAAACAGUGGCAAUCGUAAAGAAUUUAGCUUCGAUGUCAAGAUUUUCAGUUGUGUUGGUUAUUACGAUCCCGACACCAAGACCAUCGGAGUAUAUCCAAAGAUUCUUGGUCAGCAAAUUGGAGAUGGAUAUGCUGCAGGCCUUGACACGGGUCUGCAGAUUCAAUUGGCUCUUGCUGUAUACAAUGGCAGUGUUCGAUUCAACAAAGUUGGGAAUGAGCUGAAGGUUUACUUGCACCUGAAGCCACUUCUACCUUGGGGUGAUAGUAUUAACUACGAGGGUACGGUCUUGCACUUGUAA